CGCAAUCACUGCAAGUUCACGAUGCCGCCAUUUCGCACAGGCACAAUAGAACGGCUAGAUAAGCCGUCAUCCUACACAGCUAGCAAGAACCGCAAAAGAAAGCGCAACCAGGAACGUGAGCGGAGACGCGAGUCUGGCGCGAACGGUACGGGUGACGAUGCGGAGCGCGACGAGGCGAACAGGGCGAAUAGAAGUCCAAGUCCUGAGGACAAGCUGAAGGACGCGACGACGCUCUAUGUUGGUAAUCUGAGCUUUUACACCACGGAGGAGCAGAUUCAUGAACUCUUUUCCAAAUGCGGAGAGAUCAAGCGUUUGGUAAUGGGCUUGGACCGCUUCCAGAAGACUCCGUGCGGCUUUUGUUUCGUCGAAUACUAUACUCACCAGGAUGCGUUGGACUGCAUGAAGUACAUUGGCGGUACGAAACUCGACGAACGCAUCAUCAGAACCGACCUUGACGAGGGUUUCGUGGAAGGACGUCAAUACGGUCGUGGCAAGAGUGGUGGCCAGGUAAGAGACGAGUAUAGAGAAGAGUUCGAUCCGGGCCGAGGUGGCUAUGGACGAGCAUUCGGACGUGAUAAUGAAAUUUAGGGCCUUAAGUUUAAAAGGCAAAUGGGAUAAUUUGAAACAAGGCCGAUGACAGCAUGCAUGAAAUGGUGUCUUGGGCGCAGAACUUGGGCGAGCGAUGACAUUCCACCUGUUCCUUGUACUUGACUGGAGCAUAAUCAGGAGCCCGUCCGCCGAUGUACGUAAAAGCGAUCGAUACCCUCAAAAAUAUAACAAAUUCUAGGUUCAAAAUGCACUGUCUAAACGCGCAUGUCUCGAUGAUGCACAGUGCGGACUCAUCCGACCGUUCUAUACCCUCCUCAUCUCUAUGCUUUUCAAGACCUCACCAAGCCACCACACAUGUAUCCUCUUAUCAUCAGCUAGCUCUGGGUGGAAGCUUGUGCCGAAGCAAUUGCCCUGACGCACUGCAACAAUAUCUCCGUCGUCUCCAACCUCCUCUGCUAAAACGCCUUUCUCGUUCAGUGUUCUUGCCCUUCCGGGCAAGCGACACAUAACCUCCACUUCAGCGCUCAUCCUCUUUUCGGCCGCCUCAUUCUGUGGCGUCUUGCUCGGUGCUACGACCGUCUUCUCUCUCGCUGCUUCGCCACUCUGUAUACCGGUGACAUGUGGCAGAAUUUUCUCCACGACGGGUGCGCGUAUGAACACGCUUCUGAAGGGCUUUCUUGGUUCGCUGAGGAAAGGCAUGACAAGGUCGGCCUCGAAGCUCUCGACUUGGCGCCCGAAGUGAUUCCUGUUUAUACGGACGUCCAAGCCGCCGAUGAGCUCUUGCCCUCCCUUUUUGGUCCUGUUUGCGCUCUCGCUAAGAAGAAUCAAACCCGCGCAUGUCCCCCACACGGGCUUGCGGAGCACUUUGACAAAGGUGCGUAGAGGCUCCAGCAUCGAACUGCGCUCGGCGACGAGGGAGAUGGCCGUGCUCUCGCCUCCGGGUAUGAUCAGAGCAUCGCACUGGUCCAGUUCGCUCGGCGUGCGGACUUCAAUGAUUUUCCAACGUACGUACGUGAAAGAUGCGGCGGCGGCGCGGAGGAGCUGAACGUGCUCGCUAAAAGCGCCUUGAAGGGCGAGCACGCCGACUGUGACCGACAGGACUGGUUGUGACAGUGUCAUUGCAUAGCGAGAGGAUUUGGGAUCACAAAGCGCAGUCUUUCUUAAAGGACCAAGAUUCGAGUCACGGCUGGACAUGGAUAUACGCGGAAGAGACACUGACUUAUCUUUUUGAUCGCCCGAUUACGGAGACUUGAGUCGACGGCGAUUACCGCACGGUUCAGGAACGUCCUGAAUUGGAUCACGUAACAAGAGCGACGGUCGAGCCACAAUUAGCUUGUAUACUUACU